AUGGGUAAUAAAUGCAUGAAAGACACCGUUAAACUUCAUAUGAAUGAUGAUUACUAUUGCUGUCAGUUAUGGGACCUCAUUGAGUGCUAUCAACAAAAUUAUCAGUUUGACUGCACAUACGCCGAGCAACAGUCCAUUCAGAAUGACUGGCAUUUACUUCAACUGGAUUUCAGUGGCAAAGUAUACACUCAAAGCUCGUGUACUAAUCAGGGCUACCAACGGACUAUGGACAGGCGUUCGUAUUGCACAAAUGUCGAGCAACACGCCAUUCAAAUGGACUGGUAUUACAUUCAACUAACGUUUAAUGGCUUUUCCCUUACGGAGACCAAAUGCAAUGUCCAGGGUUAUUAUAGGGCCAAGACUAGGCCGUUAUGUGCAAAUUAA